GCUAUAUAAAGUGACAAAGCUGGCUCGUUGGCGGGCACGCUCCGGUAUCUCGCUCAAGCUUUAAACUCACGCUUUCCGCCCGCGUCGCGCGAUCCGAAAAGAAGUCAGACAGCCACGGGCGGCUUUUGCCACGAUUCUAUCGUUAGCUUAUCGAACAGGAAAACGUCGUGUUUACGCGACGUGAUUUAAAGGACGCCGCCAGUAGUACCGCGCGCUUCAUUCCCGAGGAUGUCACACAUCAUGUCGCACAUCGCUGAGAAUUGACACCGUUGAAUUGACAAAUCGAAUUGACACUAUCGAAGUGUUACACCACAUUUACAUUCCGUCUCACGAAAAAAGAAAGAAGGACAUUCAUAAUGAAGCUUUACAUUUUGUUACUUUGCGUCGUGGCGGUUCUUAAAAACUCCGAAGCGCUGCCUAAAGGAUCCACAGAUUACGAAGAUAUGUCCUUUUGGCUGAAGUCUGGUCAAGAAACCCUGCAUAAGAUCCUGGCGCACCGGAACAACGAAAACCGUGCCAAGAACGUGAUUAUCUUUAUCGGGGACGGUAUGGGCCUGUCUACCAUCACGUCCGGUCGUAUCUACGUAGGUCAACUCAACGGCCAGACCGGUGAAGAAUAUCAACUCGCGUUCGAGAAGUUUCCCAACACUGGCCUCGCCAAGACUUACAAUGUGGACAAGCAAGUGCCUGAUUCUGCGGGAACAGCUACUGCUAUCUUUUCCGGCGUAAAAAGCCGAUAUAGAGUUAUUGGAUUGGAUGGCAGAGCCGAGGUUAAAAACUGUGAUAAAAAAAUUAAUGAAGUUAGCAAAGUGACAACAGUAGCAGAUUGGGCGCAACAAUCUGGCAAAGACACAGGAUUUGUUACUACUACUCGCAUCACCCAUGCUACUCCUGCGGGGCUUUACGCACAUACUAAUAGUCGAGAUUGGGAGUGUGAUACCUCGAUACCGAGAAAUCAACAGGAUUGUGCCAAGGAUAUCGCGAGACAACUCAUCGAAGAUGAACCGGGAAGUCAAUUUAAGGUUAUUAUGGGUGGCGGUGCACAAUGUUUGGGCGUGAGAGUGGAACCGAUUGAUCCUGAUGGCUGUCUGCGAUCUGAUGGUAGAAAUUUAAUAAAGGACUGGAAAAUAACGCACCCGAAAGGAAAAGCCGUCAACAACACGGAGGAUCUUAUGUCCAUCGACAUCACCGACACGUCGCACAUCCUUGGCGUAUUUUCGCCUAGUCAUAUGCCCUAUCACACCAUGAAGACUGCGGAGACGCCCUCAUUAUCGAACAUGACAAUGCAAGCUAUAAAAUUGCUAAAGAAAAACAAAAAAGGAUUUUUGCUAAUGGUUGAGAGUGGCAAAAUCGAUAUAGCCCACCACGCAAAUUGGCCGCAAUUGGCCCUUCGCGAAUUGUACGAGCUCGAGGAAGCGGUUAAGGUAGCUCUUCGACUGGUAAACUUGGAAGAGACAUUGAUCAUCGUUACUGCCGAUCACUCACAUUCGUUCACGCUGAAUGGAUAUCCCACGAGAGGCAACAAUAUUUUGGGCUUUGGCAACAAACCUGACCAGAAGCCAUAUGAGACGCUUUCUUACGCCAACGGUCCGGGAUACUUCUAUCAUCGAAGAAACGACAGCAAAAACGUCAAUGAGACCUGGAGAAAAAUUGAAGAAGAUCCGAAUCGUGACGAUCCCUUCUACAGGCAUUUUGCUCCCAUUUAUCUCAAAGACGAGACGCAUGGUGGCGAAGACGUUGGGGUUUACGCAAUUGGUCCCUACGCACACUUGUUUCGAGGCACUUUUGAGCAGAACUACAUUGCUCACGCCGUGGCAUACGCAGCGUGCUUUAAAGACUGGCCAUCUCAUUGUGAUAACGCUUACCAUCGUUAUUUCUAUGACAUUAAUAUGGCACCAAAAAAAGCGAAAUUUAAUUCAGCAGUACAAAACACCAUAUCAUUAGCGGCUUUGUUGAUUUUCGUGUUGAUAACGUUUGUACGGCUAUAAUAAACGAUAACAAUCGCUUUUUUAUAGUCGAAUAAAUGAUUUCUUAUAAUCCGCGAGAAUAAUUAACUUAAACAAAUUAGUGUUAGUACAAAUAGUUUUAAUUUUAAGAUUUUUUUAUAUGUACAAAAAGAUUAUUUUAAAUAUUCUUUUUUGCACACCUACUAUCUUUUAACACGUUCACAACGUAAACUAUUCUUUAAAUCCAUUCCUAAGGAUGUAAAUUUUGAUGAAAAUAUAAAAUAGUUUUUAGAUCUUAUUUAAAAAUAAAAGAUUUUUUGAUAUUAUAAUUUUUAUACUUUUGGUGUAUACAAAUUUUUCGCAAAAAACCAGUAAUAGAUAAACAUGAGAAGUUGGAAGCUAUCAAUAAAUCAUCACCGAUGUCGCUAAUAUUAAUAAGUUAAAAACAAUAAAUUGUGAUAACAAAUGUAUACGAUUGUUUCAGAUGUUUUCUUUUACUACUUUGCAUAUUUUUCUUAUAGUAUAAUGUAAAUGUAAUUAUACUGUACGAUAUAUUAUUUUUCAUAAUUUUAUUUAUUACAAUGUUUAAGUACGAACGCAAUGUAUUUUUUUAAAUUAUCGUAACAAUAACAGGUUUAAACCUGAAGAAAAAUUGAGUUGCAAUUUGCUGUGAAUAUGCUGCUCACUUUUAUAAUAUUUAAACAUAAUAAUAAAAGAAAAUAAAAUAAUAUUAAAUUGUAAUAUAAAAAAAAACACAUGUUAUUUAUUUAUAUUUCGAAUACAAAUACAUUUAAAAACUGCCGUUGAAUUAUCAUGAAUAAAGUUUAUGAUAAUGUUAUAUAUAACGAAAAAUUGUGAAUAUUGCUAUUUCAAAAAGAAUAAAAUUGUUUUAUGUA